AUGAGCGGGGAGUGGGUCCUCGUCAACCAAAACGGCGCCGAGCGCGCCAAGGCCAUCCCGCUUAUCCCCCCUAAGCCUCGCAAACUGAAGAGUCCAAAUUCCGGCAUGUCGAAACCCACGAAACGUCCCAAUGGAGUGAACGUCGGGGCUGACACGGACACCAACAGCGAGGAAAGCUUCGAGGCGCGUUUCCCGUCGGUCGCAGCAUGGGAGUCAGACUGGGAGAGUAACCCCCACCACUUCGAGGACGGUGGCGAAGGGGUCACCUUCGCCGAGUCACGCGAGGACAGAAGCACCUCCGGCUCCAGCUCAGGUAAUGGAGUCAUCAAAGACCGCCACCUCUCCGAUGUCUCCGCAACAUCGGCAGUCUCAGCCGCCUCCGGCGCCAGAGCACUGGCCUCGCAUGACCGCUACCUCACGGCACCUCCGAUUCACGCCUACCCACCCCCGCAACCCACGCCACCCCACCAAACCGCCGCAACCCCCACCAACCCCAUUCCGCACCGGGGGGCGUGGGAGCCACGUCCAGCGCUACGGCUCACCACGCCCCCCGUGCCCGCGCCCCCCCACCUCACCACCGCCUUCCCGCCCACUCCGCAGCCGGUGUCUCCGAGCCCAGCAACUCCUGCUACCCGGGCCAAGCGCCCUCCUGAGACUCCGAAACGUUCUCCAACGAGUCCAGGAACGUACACGUCGUGGACCCGCGCGGUCUCCAUCGGCUCGGACGUGCUACCCGGCCCGCCGCCGCCCACUCCGACUGACGGACCCCCGUCCUGCCCGCAUCCACAGGGCGUGCACCCUCCUCAAGUCCCGUUGUCGGAGAUACAUCUCCCGACGUACGCACAACCUGCACCGACGGAAGCAGACGCUGCACCCGUGCACGACCUCGUCGCUUCGUUCGAAGCCAUGUCUCUUAAGGGCGCAGCUUUCGACCCUUUUAGUAGAUCUACCACCGACAGAGCGCCUGCCUCCGGCACUUCCCCAGCAUUCCAGCUCACGCCCCCGCCCACAGCAGGCCUCAGACCGCCUGACCCGCCCACGCCCUCGCUCGUCCCCCUCGAAGCCUCCGCUGAUGUCUCACUUUGGGGCUCUCCCGGCCUCGCGCUCGGCAGCAGCCCCUCUCCGUCCCCCAUGCUUGUCCCGCCCUCGACGCCGCUCAGAGCCCCGUCGUCGUACUCGCAGCGCUCCGCCUCGUUCCCUUCACCGUCCCCCGGUCCCGACCGCCCGACGAUAUCGCGCUCAGCUAGAACCACGCCGUUUCAGUCUCCCUUCGUGUCGUCGCCUAACUCGCCGUUCUUCGGUCCACACGCGCCCGCUCUCCCCCGCCCAUCUGCGGAGAUAAGAAACAACCCAUCGCCGGGCCUCUCGCCAUGGUGUCCAGCGCCCGAUAGCCCGCCCCUCGAUCCCAUCCCCCUGCCCCGCACGUGGCGGUGCUCCAUCUGCACCCUUUCGAACACGAACACGACAUGUGAGGCGUGCGGCGCUGUCGCACCACAAUGGACUUGCCCGCAGUGCACGCUGCACAAUGAUCACCAUGCGGUCGAGUGCGGCGCGUGCGGCGCCGCCAAUACGCUCUUAACUCGUCCUGUGUCCCCGCAGCAAUUGUCUCCCACCUCUCCUCUCUCGCCGCUUUCGCCUCUCUGCCGAACUCAAGCUAAGAGAGUCGAGCCAAUCGAAGGCGUGGGCCUAGGUAUCCGUCGCGGCGACACAGACCGUGAUAUCCCGUCUGCCGCCACACCGAAUCAUGGAAGCUGGAUGUGCCCGUUGUGCACGUACGGUAACGAGCCUGUAGAUAAGUGUGAAAUGUGUAACACGCCGCGUCCGUAGGUGGUCGUACUCUGAGGGUGGAGCGAG